AUGGCUGAGAAAUAUGAGAGGCAAUUGAGCAUCACUAAUCUAAGCAUUGGAGGCUUGGAGAUCAGCCAUGCAAACGUAGCACAAACUGCCCAGAGUUCCACUGAUGAGACAGUUGCAGCGUUUAGUCACUUCAACAACAAGAAAAACUUCAAUACGGGAGGUGGAAACAAAACUGCUAAGUGCGUGUUCUGUGGUAUGACUGGGCACACCAUCGAGAAAUGCUAUAAAAAGCAUGGAUAUCCACCGGGGUGGAUCCCAGGCUAUAAGUCGAAAGGAAAACAACAAGCAGCUGCAGUUAGCCUGAACUCUGAUGGUAUUGUUACCACUGACCAAAUUCAAAAACUCAUCUCACUCCUUCAAGCUCAAGCAGGAGAAGGCCAAGCUUCUACUACAGCAGCAACAGUGUCUCUCAUACCAAAGUUUAACAAGUCUGACAGCAGCAAUGCAGGCAAGUGUUCUGACUUAUCUUGCAUUAAUUCUUGUUAUCUGAGGGACCAUGGGAAGAUGACUGGAUUUGCUGAGGAGGAGAAAGGGCUAUAUAUGCUAAGUAGACCUCCUGUUAAUUCUUUUUGCAAAACACAAACGGAGUCCAUUCCAGUAAGCAGAACUACUUCAGGUGCUUGCUUUGAUUUGUUAAGGUUGAUGAAAAGCAAGUCAGAAACACGCAAUCAGAUGAGGGAUUUUUAUAAACUCAUUCAAACUCAAUUUGGCAUGCCCAUAAAGACAGUACUAAGUGACAACGGGCUAGAGUUUAACAUGGAAAGCUUCUUUGCUGAGAAUGGCACGAUCCACCAGAGGUCUUGUGCAUACACCCCUCAACAAAACGUCAUCGUUGAACGUAAACAUCAGCAUAUUUUGAGUGUGGCUCGUGCACUUCGUUUUCAAGCUAAUUUUCCCCUUGAAUUCUGGGGACAUUGUGUGGUUCAUGCUACUUAUCUGAUUAAUAGACUACCAUCUGCAGUGUUGGAGUGGUCUACUCCAUACCACAGGUUACAUGGAAAGGAUCCAGAUCUCAGUAACCUCAGAGUACUCGGUUGCCUAUGUUAUGCUGCAAACGUAUCUCCUUCUCGCCAUAAGAUGGAUGCUCGAAGCAAGAAAUGCGUCCUGAUUGGAAUGCCCGCCGGAGUGAAAGGUUAUCUAUUAUAUGAUCUAAUCAAUGAGUCUACAUUGGUGUCUCGUGAUGUAAUCUUCUACGAGAACCAAUUCCCUAUGGCUGAGCAGAAUGACCAGUCAAUCAUCUCUGAAGAACAGGCCUAUAAUCCUUCACUACCAAAUGUUUCUAUCAUGGGUCAUGAAGAGAUGAGCCUUCAGGGUUGUGAUAAGGGCACUCCUCAGUUCCCCAAUACUCUGCCAGACAUACACUCUCCCCUUUAA